AUGGACCAUUCAGGAGGACCUUAUCUGAAUGUCCAGGCCGUGUGGUCCAAAGUAGGGAUGGUCCGCUUGCUCCAGCUGUUGCUCGGAUGCACCACCUUCAGCCUGGUCCUCCACCGUGCUGGGUUCAGCGCAGCCUAUGGAACCUUCUGUGUCUUCGUGUGGUGCUUCUGUUUUGCGGUCACCACCCUCAUCGUCAUCUGCGACUUCACCCGGCUGCAGUCCUGCCUCCGCAACCUCUCCUGGGGGAACUUCACCGCUGCCUUUGCCAUGCUGGCUUCCCUCAUGACCCUCACGGCCUGCGUCAUCUACCCGCUCUACUUCGUCACUUUGAACUGUUCGUCCGCUGAAUGCGUCACCAGGAACCACCGGCUGGGGGUCAGCAUCUGCGCUGGGUUUUUGUUCCUGGUCUACGCCACAGAAGUGUUCUUGACCCGCGCCAAGCCCGGCAUGCCCUGCAGCUACAUGGCGACGGCGGCGGGGCUCCUAAAGGUGGUCCAGGCCUUCGUGGCUUGCGUGAUAUUCGGAGCUCUGGCCACGGAAAGCCAGUACAAGAGGUACGUGGCCACUCAGUGGUGCGUGGCCGUGUAUAGUUUUUGCUUUGUGUUGACCGUGGUGGUGAUCGUCCUCAACAUCACCGGACGGGCGGCGACGCUGCGCUGCCCCUUUGAACGCUUCGUGGUGAUCUAUACGGUGAUUGCGAUACUGAUGUACAUGAGCGCUUCUGUUAUAUGGCCCGUUUUCUGCUUCGACACAAAAUACGGGUCGCCGACCAGACCACAGCGAUGUUACUGGGGAAGGUGCCCAUGGGACAGCCAACUGGUGGUCACCAUUUUCACCCACAUCAACCUGGCGUUGUACAUAGCGGACUUGGUGUACACGCAAAGACUGAGAUUUGUGGCUCAGCGCUAA